CGCCGCCGUACAUUGUCUUCUGAGUUCUUCGUUGAACUAUGUCCUCAUACACACCCGAUUAGAUCGAUGACGUUAACUUAGCAUACCAUUACAACAAGAUUACCACAGACUCACGUGGAGUAUACUACCAGCUCAAAACAGGAGCACCAGGCUUUCCAGCUAGCUUCUGGGCUUCGCAACGCAGUUCGCAGCAAGCCCCAUCCUUAUCGCAGCAGGUGCAUCAACCUACCGCCUCCACAAUCUCCAACUACCGACAGAAAGUUGUCUCAACCUUUCGAGUCGUCGCGCAUAGUAUGGGACCUCUCAUGCAUGGCGGUGCUGUUAGUCAAAAUCACUGGACGAUCUACCUAAUUGUGCCGGGCGGUUCUGUACAACUUAACAUGAAGACGAGCACUGAUCCGAACACUCGUCGUGGAAUCUUCGAAGUUCGCGAACGUGCCUACGAAAAAUCGAAUACGGCAGUCAGGUGGUUCGACCUUCCAGCUUCGAGUGGCCUUCUCGUGGACUCUGUUGAGCGCGAAAUUCAAUCUCAACGUUGGGAUCAGUAUGAUAUGACUGAGGGUGGGGUCGGAUGUCGAUGGUGGAUCCUGACCGUUAUGCGCGGAUUCGCGAACAAAAAUUUCGUUGAUGGAGAAAAAGUCGAAAGCGAACUUGUGCCAGCCCUCAGCUACAACUACUCGAAGGACAUUGAACCGAUCUGGUUGGAAAUAAAGCAAGGAACAUUUUGUUGAGCGCUGGGGCAGAGCUUACUCUGCCGUCAUAUGCAGAUCUAUAACGCUGAGAAGGGAGGUAGUGCUGGCGGGAGAGGGGUCUCAGAAUGCGGCAGAUUACUCGAAUAGGCAUUGUUUUCGA